GAAAUAGUUUUAUUUUAAGAAAAAUGAAACUAUUUGAGUUUUUAGUUUAUAUGAUGCACUAAUUGACAUAAUAUUGCUAUCAAAAUAUGAUUAUGUAUUGGUUUUUUACUUAAAUUUUUUGAGCAUUUUAUUAUUUUUUUAACCAUAAAGAAAAUAAUAGUUUAGCUAACAAUUUUUGUUCAUUAUGUCGGAAAAAUUAACACAAACUGAACAAAACGAUAAUAAUACUUGCUUGGAUUCUGAAUUUGAUGAUAAAAAAUGUGUAUUUUGUGAAAUAAUUGCUAAAAAUGAUCCAACUAAGAUAUUGGAGCCAAGGGGGAACAAGUUUGUCAUUGUUAAAGAUAUUCAUCCAGUUGCUAAUCAUCAUUUUCUAGUUAUAAGCCGAGAACAUAUUCCUACAGUUAAAAGUCUUAAACCAAUUCCAGAACACCGUGAACUAUUGAAUAGCAUGUUUACAGCAGCAAAACAAGUGUUGGUAAAUAACGGAGAAACUUCUUUAUCAAAUUCAAGAUUUGGAUUUCACUGGCCUCCUUUUUAUACUGUUGGUCAUUUACAUUUGCAUGCAAUCAGUCCUGUAAAUUCAAUGGCUUGGUAUUUUCGAUACAUAGGAUUUAAUCCUCAUUGCUCCUUGAUUUUUGUUGAUAUAAAUUAUGUACGUAAACGUAUUGGGAGUAUAGAUGAAGAAAUUGAUAAAAAUAGUAAAUAUUCGAAGAACAAUGAAAUAUAAUUCUUUUUUAUAUGUAUAUACUUUACGUUAAUGUAUAAACAAAUUUAACAAGUAAAAAAAUAAAUGUAAAACAUAUUUUUUAGAAAAGAAAAAUGAAAACUAAUAACAAAAUUGU